UCGAUACAUGGCCUUGUGCAUGACCUCCAACAUUUCGGUUUUGUGUAAUAAUGUGGGAAUAUGGGUCUUGGUAAUUUAGUUAUGUCGGGAUUGCCACGUUUAAAUAUCAAACUUAGUAGUUAUGCUGGAUUAACAUUCACCGUCCCAAUAUUUGGCUCCUUUAUAUACUGUGUAUACUUAAGAGACCAAAGCAGGCGCACCAUUUACAAAUAUGUUUCGACUACUAAAAGGUUUUUAAGAGCCGUCUACACAGGUACUCUGAUUUCUUUGGAUUAUAAGUGGACCAUGACAGUAUUCUCGAAUGAUUCUGAAUCCUACAUCAAAGAAAUAUCAAAAUGUCACCAAAGAGCAGCCGACAGAAUUCUUCAGGGCUGUUUGCACAAUGGAGGUUUGUAUAUCAAAAUGGGACAGGGUCUCGCAAGUAUGAAUCAUGUUUUGCCCAAACAGUACACAGAAACUCUGGAAAAGUUGCACGACCAAGCUAUCAUGCGCUCAGUAGACGAAGUGUAUCGGAUAUUCAUGGAAGAUUUCGGCAAACCACCUUCGGAACUGUAUUCCAGUUUUGAACAUGAACCCAUAGCUGCUGCUAGUUUGGCUCAAGUACAUCGUGCUGUUACACAUGAAGGAGAGCAAGUCGCAGUGAAAGUUCAGUACGAAGAUUUGCGUGAUCGAUUUGAUGGGGAUAUGUCAACCCUUGAGUUACUUUUAAAAUUAGUUGAAAUAAUGCAUCCUGAUUUUGGAUUCGCUUGGGUUUUACAAGAUAUGCGUGAAACACUGGCCAAAGAACUCGACUUUGAAAAUGAGGCAGAUAAUGCUGCUCGUUGUAUUGCUGACUUAGCGAGUCUGGGCACACUAGAAAACAAUGGUUCCGUUCAUGUACCUUGGGUAAAUCGUAAGCUAACCAGCAAACGCGUCCUUACAGCCGAAUUCAUUGAUGGUAUCAAAGUUAAUCAAGUAUCUGCUCUACGGGAUGCUGGCUUCUCACUAGCUGAGUUGGAUCGCUUGUUGGUUCGUGCAUUUAGUCAUCAGGUGUUUUGUACUGGCUUUGUACAUGCUGAUCCACAUCCAGGCAACCUACUAGUACGACGGAAACCUCAGAUAAAGUUAGGUAUUUCUCAGAAAAUCAAAUCAUCUAUUCAAAGUAUACCCAACAUUUUAUUUGAUACACUCACAUGGAUGGGAUUUCUGUUUUAUUUCCCCGUCAACAUCGUAAAAAAACUAAAAAAUCGUGAACAUAAAUUGUUUACUCAUCCAAAUGCAAGUCGAGGUUCAACUGAAAUGCAACUGGUUCUUCUAGAUCAUGGUUUGUAUGAUACUCUUCCAAGCGAUAAACGGAAAGCUUUAUGCAAAAUGUAUCAGGCCAUUUUAGAUUCCAAUGAAUCAGUAAUGAAAGAAGCAUCUUCAUUUUUAGGUAUUGAAGAUUGGGCUACUUUCGGUGAAGUUAUCUUACAGAGACCAUGGCGUCGCCGAACAAUCAGAUUGCCAUCACAACUCUCAGAUGCAGAUAGAGCCUAUUUACGCUCAACAGCAAUGGAACAUUUUGACCGAGUAAUGUCGGUUCUUGAACAAAUGCCGCGCCCAAUGCUUUUGUUCAUCAGAAAUUUGAAUCUUAUUCGUUCUAUUUGUCGUUCUCACGGGGAUCCUAUUGAUCGUCACUCUUUAAUGAUUGAUAGUGCUGUUCUUGGGAGUCGAAUAACAACUUCACGUUCUGGCAAAUUGAUUCCCAUGAAUUGGAGUGAUAAGUUACAGGUGAAUAUCAUAUUGCAAAGAUACCACUGGAAGUUAAGGUUUGAAGCUUUCUGCUUGUGGAUUCAAAGUGUACUUUAUCAUUUGUUAUAUACUUUGGGACAGGCACCCGACAUAAAAGAAAUAUCAGCUUUAUAUAAUGCUGCAGCACCUAAAAGCCUAUCAGCCAAUGUUUAAAAAUCCUAGAGAAAUAAUCGUGCAUGAGAAGACUCCAGAAAAAAUUAAAAAUGGAAAAAUGCUCAUAUUUUCCCUAUGAUAAUUAUGUGAUAUACGCUUGCUUUGCACCUUUCCUUCAGUAAAACCACUUCAAUUUCGAUAUUUUCCGGAUUUUGUUGUGUUUAAGACCUAUCAUAUCUCUGCCCCAAUAUUCAAAUACGCAUCAGUUAUCCUCAAUAUCGGCUAUCGUCCCCUUGUCCUCCAUGCAUAUAUAUAUAUAUAUAUAUAUAUAUUCCAAAGGCCACAAAACCUUGGACUUCUAAUUCACUCAACAUGAAGCAAAUUUUUCCAACAUACACAUCGGGAAAUAACACUUUCCAAAACGUAUUUAUACAUACUAAUCCCGAAAUAAACAACCCUUCAUCCGACAAUAUCAAAUAUCCGAAAUUAAGUUUCCCUACAACAAUCCGUACUUACUAACUACCACUGCUGGUAUGCAAUGAAUCUAGUCGUCCAGAUGCUGACAUAAGUGAAUACAACUGCUAACCGACUUCACAGGAUUACGGCUCUCCCAGAUAUUCAACAGUCCACUGAUCAUUGAACAAAGCGAAGUUUUGUGACACUGACUCAAGUGUGUUUGUGGUGGUUAGUUCGGGUGUGCAGUUUUGUUGACUAUAGUGUCCUGAUGUUUGAGUCAGAUGUUAUUUUGUCAAGAUGUACAAAUGAAAGUACUGAUUAUACAUAAGGGCAAAUGUGUUAUAAAUGAAUGUAGGUGACCACGCGAUUGCCAGGAUGACCCUCGGUGGUCCCGAGUGCAGGCUUCAAACCUGUAGCCAAUUAGCGUCGGAGUGGUUCGAUUCCGUCUUCCUGGCGUUUGAUCACAUCAUCGUGUACCAUUAGCCUUGUGAACAUUGAAGAGAGUCGCUGCAAUUUCUUAUACGUACUCUGACACGUUUGGGAAGUAUUCGGACUUCAUAUCUAUUUCCCGCUUCAUUUCGUCGGGAAAUGGUCAUUAACAAAACAUGUGUUUACUAUGUCACAAUUCGAUGUCAACAUUUUAAGGGGAAUUGCGCAAUUGAGAUUGUUUGUUUUUUGCACCUAGACACCGCUGACACUUCCGAAGAAGUAUUCUGUGUGCUCUGUGGAAUAUGUUGGGUGUUCAUCUGCAAGUGCAUCAGGAGUUUUCUCUUGAUUAAUAUUUUCCCCCGAAAAUGCUGAAUGCCACCCGAAUUAUCGCUGACUGAGGAAAAAUUAUUGGAUCAUAUGACUGACUAAAUUUCAUGCUUAGACGAUACUAAUUGACAUGAUGGAGAUAUUCGGGUUUCGUAUAGCCGAUUGAUUCGUCUCCACAUAAUGAUCUCCUUAAUGUGACUUUUCAUAUAAGAAUAUUUCAUGCAUCAAUGCAGUUGUGAUCUAAUACUCAUAGGGUGUGCACGCCAGGCGAACAGCGGCAGUGCGAAACGAGGUGAGAUGAGGCAAAGUUAACCCUUAGGCACCAUCUAAAUAGCAAUCAGCGAAUGACCUUGGACGUAUCAAUCACAUGAAGGAGGUAUUUUUGGUUAUGGAAAACAUAUAUUUAUGAAUAAAUAAAUGCAUAAAACUGUGCUAAUUUAUGAUAGUUCACGAUUGUAAUUUAUCACAUAGCUGAUCGUGCCUGUAAAAAUUGCAUGCAUUUGAUGUAAAAAUACCCGUCUAUACGAAAAAUAAAUUGUUAUUAUAACCGGAGCAUGACAUAAGCUUGAGAAAAUACCGGAAUAUUAUGC